AUUCCUCACCAGUCAGCACUGUCACUGUCAGUAAGAAAAGAGAUAGUUUUCAGGUCCAGUAUUUUGACCUUUACAAGUCAAACACUCGCCACUCUUUUUCCAUCACGAUGGCCAACGUCAGCGUUAGAGUGCUCCCCUGCGACGGCGACGGCUUUUGCAUGGCCUGCAAAACGAAGCCGUCAGCCGAGGAGACGCUCACGUGCAAAACCUGCUACACCCCCUGGCAUGUGGCUUGCCUCGCCGUCCCCCCCGAAACCCUUGCCGAGACUCUCAUGUGGGACUGUCCCGACUGUGCUCCGCCGUCCGACGACGGACAGAUCGCCGGUAAUACGGUCGCCGACGGAGGAGAGGCCGGAAGCUCCGGCGAGCUGAUCGCGGCGAUCAGAGCCAUCGAGUCGGAUGAGUCUCUGACCGAGCGGGAGAAGGCAAAGAGGCGGCAGGAGCUGAUGUCUGGAGGAGCGCGACCACCGUCCGAUGGCGUCGGCGCUAAUCCAGAGAAGGACGACAAAACCGUCGGUGAAAACGAUGGCCUCGAUAAUCUCGAGGUCGAUAUCAAGUGCUCGAUUUGCAUGCAGCUUCCGGAAAGACCGGUUACGACACCUUGUGGUCACAACUUCUGCCUCAAGUGCUUCCAGAAAUGGGUGAAGCAGGGAAAGCGAACCUGCGCGAAUUGCCGCCGCGCAGUCCCGCCGAAGAUGGCGAGCAACCCUCGCAUCAACUCUGUGCUUGUGGAGGCCAUCCGCAUAGCGAAGCAGUCAAACGGCUUCAUCGGAGAGGAACAACGAGCUAAGGUGGUUCACUAUGUCCAAAUCCAAAACCAGAACCGGCCUGACAAGGCGUUCACCACAGAGAGAGCCAAGAAGGCUGGCAAGGCCAACGCCGCGAGCGGCAGAAUCUUCGUGACCAUCCCGCCUGACCAUUUUGGACCCAUUCCGGCCGAAAACAACCCUGAGAAGAAGACGGGGGUGUUGGUUGGGGAGACUUAUGACGGCAGGAUAGAAUGUAGGCAAUGGGGGGUUCAUUUUCCGAUGAUUUCUGGGAUUGCCGGGCAGUCCAAACAUGGGGCCCAGUCGGUUGUUCUCUCUGGGGGCUAUGAAGAUGAUGAGGACCAUGGCGAGUGGUUUCUUUAUACAGGGAGUGGUGGCAGGGAUCUUAGUGGCAAUAAGCGUACAAAUAAGGCUCACACUUUUGAUCAGAAGUUUGAGCUGAGGAAUCAGGCACUAAGAGUAAGUUGCCUACAGGGUUACCCUGUUCGAGUUGUCAGAUCCAAGAAGGAGAAACGCUCCUCUUAUGCCCCACCAGCAGGGCUACGAUACGAUGGAGUUUACAGAAUUGAGAAAUGUUGGACAAAACAUGGCAAACAAGGUUUUAAGGUAUGCAGGUAUCUUUUUGUUAGAUGUGACAAUGAACCUGCUCCUUGGACAAGUGAUGUUCAUGGAGACCGUCCAAGGCCUCUGCCAGUUAUUCCGGAGUUGGUGAAUGCCAUUGAUGUAACAGAAAGAAGGGUAGAACCUUCUUGGGACUUUGAUGAAGAAAAAGGUUGCUGGAUGUGGAAAAGGUCUGCACCACGUAGCAAAAUACCGGUGGAUAGUGGGAACCUAGGAGAUAAGAAACAAACUAGGAAAGUUAUCAAGCGAAAACAGAAAACGACUGUUAGCAAACGGCUUCUGAAAGGGUUGGAAUGCUACCUCUGUCAUAAUGUUAUGACUCUCCCAAUUACUACGCCAUGUGCUCACAACUUUUGCAAAGAUUGCUUAGAGGGUGCCUUUGCUGGCAUAAGCGCAACGACACAGCGGACAUGCCAAGGCAGACGUACAUUACGGGCAAAGAAAAAUGUGAUGAAGUGUCCUUCAUGUACGAAUGACAUAGCAGAUUUUCUUAACAAUCCGCAGGUUAAUACAGAACUCAAGAAUAUCAUAGAAUCACUCCAGGUGAAAGCUGUUAAGUCAGAGGAAGGUGCUAAAGAGUCAAGUAAACAUACUGAUGGCUCACAUGAAAAGCUUGAUUUGGUUGCUGAAGACCCCGAAACUCGCAAUGCAAGUGAAGCGACUCUGGACGAAGCCAAAGAAAGUGCUGACAUUUGUAUGAGAGACGCAGAGAGACAUGAGGGCAAGGAGCUCUUUAAGCAGCAAGAUUCUGUUAACAGUGAGGUAGAACUUGGUCCGGUUGAACCUGCAAAGGCCAACAAGAAGGAACUGCAAGCAACUGCAGUUGAGAGAAACUUAAAGCAGACUCGCAAGCGAAAAAAGGCGAACAACAGAGGUAAUGCGUUGGAUGUCGGGGCAAUGACUAGUAGCAAGAGGGGUAAAGUGGAAGCAGCAGCGUGAUUUUGCUUCAUGAAUCGGCAACCAAUUCAAUUUGUAUUGUCUUUAGGAAAGGGGGUCUGCAGCAAAAAAGCUGUUUUUUUUUUUUUUUUUAAAUUUUAAAUUUUGAUUUUUUUCUGUCUAACAAUUGCUGGUUUUUGUUUUUUUUUUUUGGGAAGGCCAGCCAUGGUAAGCAUUUAUGCUUGUUAAUAGUUGUCACUGUUUAUUAAUAUGACAGUGUCAACUAUAUUAAAAAUAUUAAAUAAAAGGUGUGCCG